AAUAAACAGCAGUAGCAUAUCCACUCUUUGCCUAACAGCACGCCAUUGCCAAAAAGAAGCCUUUCAUUGCUGCUGUAAUUAUGUUAAAUCAUAGCAUAUAGGCAUGCAUAAAUUCCACUUGGAACCAACCCCAAUUCCCCCCCAUCAUCUCCCUCUGCUUUCCUCCACUUUCUUUCUUUUCAUUUUUGUUAGCCUUUUCUUGCAAUAUAAGCUUUGCUAAAAUUUGCAAUUCCAAAGCGAAAAAACCCCCUGUUCAUAAAUUCUGAUCAAAACUUACCCACAUUCCAAAAAGCAAAAGAAAAUCUUUUUGAAGAAAUGAGUUCGAUUUGCAUCUCUAAUUGCUUGAAUGAUGCCAGAGACCCUGGGUUGCCUGUGAGGGCAACUUAUGUGAAUCUUUACAAGUGGCCAGAGUCAGAUGCGGAGUUCGUGAGGUCAAGGAGCUCAUCAGGGUCCUUGCAUGGUGGUAGAGUUGUUGACAGUAUCUCAUGCAGGCAGAUGUAUCUGAGGAGCUAUAGGUUCUCAAGGAAAGAAACUGUGCCUGAGAAGACUGUGAAAUGCUUGGGGAGGGUUAAGGAGAAAGUCUGUCAAAGGAAGAGGAGAUACAAGCAGAAGAGACGUAUUAGAAGCAGGUGUUUGGUAUGGAGGAAAGUGAAGGUAGCAUUGUUUAGGUUUUUCAAUAGGUUACUGUCUUGCUCUGCUAGUGUUGAUGUUGUGGAUCAAAAGACUGUUUUCUUCUGAUUUUUUGUUGGUUUAUUUAAUUUGUUCAAAAUCUUCAAAGCAUGACUGAAUGGGUAGUUUAUACUUGAUUCAUACAAA